UCGAAACAAAAACAAGCAGAGAGCGCUCGGACGGUCACAUGUGGUGCACCCAGCAGCGGCAGCAGAGCAAGAAGAGGGAAGCGGCAGUCGGUCUCAGCACUGUCGGUGUCCAGGAAGCACUGACCUCCCCGCCCCCCCUAUCCCCAGGUUCCCCAGGUUCCCCGGUUCCGGACGCGGAUCCGCGCGCUCUCCACAUAUGGUUCUCCUCCGGCACAUCUCUGUCGCCUUGACCGCCGCCGUGGCUGCCCUGGGCUCCGCUCUCUUCAUCGCCUUGAACUUCUUCUACAAGAGGCGAAUAUGGUCACCACAGGCGGAAUACUGCACGAUCAAAGAGGAGGAGGAGGAGCGUGGGAGGCGUCAGGUCCUGGUCCUCGGUCUGGACGGGGCCGGGAAGAGCAGCAUGUUGCAGGGUUUGACCCCCGGGGAGUCAGCGACUAAGAGAGGCCACUGCCGGCCCACCCGCGGCUUCAACUUCAUGAGCCUCAACGCUCCGACCUGCCAGCUCGACUUCCUGGAGAUCGGUGGCGGGGAGGACCUGCGGCGGUACUGGUCGGAGUACCUCAGAAGGACUCACGUUCUGGUUUAUGUGGUGGACUCCUCUGACAGGAGCCGCCUCCCAUUGGCUAAGGCUGAACUGCACCGCCUGCUGAGGGUGGAGCCUCAGCUGCCUGUGGUCGUUCUGGGAAACAAGCAGGAUAAGCCCAAUGCUGUGAGCGUGUCGGAGCUGCAUGAGGCCUUGUCUCUGGGCUCCAUGACCGAGGACAGGAAGCUGUUCCUCUUGGCUGCCCAGCUGGGCUCUGAUGGAGCACUGAGGAAAUCCUGCCAGGGCCUGGACACCUUCCAGGACCUCCUUCUCCAGCUCAUUUGAUCCCCCCCCCCACCCCCCCGCCUUCACAGAGCAGAUGAGUAGGAGAUGGAGGGACGAAAACAAAAGGAAGCAAUCUUCCUACUCCUCCUCCUCUUCCACCUCCUUGUUUAAGCUCUGGCUUAUUUGAGGCAGAGGAGGAUGAGAUGACGAAGACUGCAGGAACUGAUGCAGAGAAAUUACUGAAGAAGAUGCCAAGAUAGAGCGCUAAACCUUGCAGUACCUCCUCGUCUUCCUCCUCGCCCUUUUCAAACUACGUCAGUUGGUUUUAGAAAAAGCUGCUUUUGAAGGCUCAUCUCAUCUUCCACUUUUCUUCCGGCUGGUCUCAUCUUACUCACUCAGAAGAGGAGGUGCAUAGCGGGGACGAGAACAGAAGGAGUAAGGUUUUUUUUCAUGGAGUAUGUGACUCAGAACCACAAAGUUCACCUCCUGCCAAUGAUUCAGACUGGCAACCUGUGACAGACGUGUAGAUUAUUCUGUAUAUGAACUGAAGUAUGUCACGUUUGUAGAUGCAUACAGAUGUCGUCUGGUUUGCUGUUUGCUGAAAAUGUGUGGUCUGAGAAAUCAGCAUAGCAGAACGGGUUAAAGUUACGGUUGCCAGGUUGGAGUCCCUCACAGGGACUAAACUUCAUCGACUGACUGUUUGGAAGAGAUUCGCUGAAGUCCCGAAGUGAGGCUUUUCUGAGAUCUAGGGGGGAUUUUGUGAGGGAACUUAAAGAAGGGUCCAAAAUGACAUUUUAAAAAGCGGUGUGAUAUUUUUCUUCUCACUAGCCUUUUCAGCUUAUGAAAGAAAGUGUCUACACUUUUCUAUGAGUUUCAUCACAACAGUAAUCAUGCGUUUAGUCCCGACAACACUACACAAAUUACAGCCAACCCCCACACACCGUGUCACUCCCUACUUUGUCUUCUCUCAGUAUCAGACAGAGGAUUUUAUGAAGAUAGGAUCUGACUUCAGUUACUCUAAUUACUAUAACUCUGUUCGUCCGAAUGCUUUCAGACCAGUUCAGAUUUCAUCCCCUUUAAAGCACAUUCCCAAUACUGUUUGUUCCACAGUUAGAUCACUAUGUAGAAGACACUUAAACAAUAACUAGUAUCCAGUUAAACACACAUCCUUGAAUGUAUAAAUGCAGAUGUGAAGUGUUUGACUUUAAUGCUACUUGUACAGAUAAACUGGAAUUUGCUAGAUUCAGAUGUUUGAUGCUGUAUAGUGUGAAGCAGUGUUAUGCUCAUCAUGACGCACAAUUUUUUAAUGAAUGUGAAGUUUUAUUCCUCUUGAUGUGCUGUGUUUCUGCAGAAAUGUUGUUUUUCACAGUAACCAAGAGUUUAGUGGAUUAUGUACGUCUGUUUUUAUAACCAAUGACUGCUCGUCACUCUUGUUUUAUGUGUACUGUAACUGUUUCAUGCAUGGCUUUGUUUUGUUGUUUUAAAAUGUGCCAGCUGCAGUUUCCAAAACAGCAAGUGUCCAUUUGGGUUAUUUAGUCUUAAAGGGGACGUCCAAAGUCUGUUUAUAGAUCCCGGCGGUGUGCUACUGCUUAUGUGAAGAAAAGUUGUGUAAAGCCUUUUGUGUCUCAAGAGGCAGCCGUGUGAAGUCUGAUAAAUGUUCUCAUGUGAAUCCCUUGAACCAGCGUCGGAGUCUGAAGACUACAAGUUUGAAAGUGAGAAGAUUUGGAGGGUCGGAGAUAGAAAGAAGUGAGGUUACCAGACGCUCAUCUCUGCUGCAGGCUACCAGCUCGAGGCUACAUUAACCGCUACUAGCAUAACACACUCCAGUCUCUAACUGACCUUCCUGUGGUCAUGUUGCAUUGUGGGUAAUGUAGGCGCUGGGUUUUGACAAGGAGUAAGAAAGGAAUAAAAAAGAUGAUGUAUCUUC